UUUCAACUUUGACAUUUGUUUUUGACAGCAAUCCUUGCAACAGGGAAAUACAAUUUUGUUAAAUGUAUUUUUUUAGAUUAGCGCAUAAUUAAUGCAGUAAACUAGACAAGAAAAGAAUUAUUCACGUAGUUUGAAUGGGGAUAAACGGUCUUCGAUAGCGUCGUAUAAGCAAUAUGACGUCUCAAAUGACAAACGAUCUAGGUGACAUAGGAAUGACAAACACUGAGGCGGAUUCCUCACAAGCACACGCACAAGAAGCAACAUCAAAUGCAACUCCGGAUGAUGCGACGUCCAGCAAUGCAGCGACCCCUUCAGGCAGCGAAGGAGCCUCGAGACAGUCCAACCUCCAAAGAAUCCAGCAGAGAAAGCAGCAAGUGUACAACUGGCCACAUAACAAGAAGCUUCUCAAACUGGCCAUAUACUCCGCCUGUCAAACUCCAGAAUGUUCCUGCAAUGGAUGGAAGGCUCCAGUGUCUCAGCAGCCUACAAAAGCUAUGCCCAGAACUGACCAGCCAUUGGCCAAUUUUAGUGAUCCAUGUCGCAAUUGUAACCAUAUUUUAGAAAAACAUGUGACACAUUUACAAGGCAUAGCGGUGUCCGAGGUGAAUCGCUUAUUAGGAGCAGUAGUUGAUGUAGAGAACAUAUUCAUGUCUAUGCAUAGAGAGGAUGAUCAUGACACAAAGAGGGUUUAUUACUUUUUAUUUAAGUUGCUCCGAAAGUGUAUAUUAACAAGAACACACCCUCGUAUAGAGGGUCCAUUAGGACAGCCUCCGUUUGAACGGCCUUCCAUAGCUAAAGCUAUAACUAACUUUGUGCUGUACAAAUUCAACUCGCUAGCACAACGGGAAUGGCAGACAAUGUAUGAUUUAGCCAAAAUGUUCCUACAUUGCUUCAAUCAUUGGAACUUUGAGACACCAAGUGUUAGGAAAUUGCAAGUUUCAAAUCAAGAAGAUAUAUCGGCGUAUCAAAUAAACUAUACCAGAUGGUUAGUGUUCUGCCACGUGCCCGCGUUCUGCGACUCCCUCCCCCACUUCGAGACGUCGCUAGUGUUCGGGCGCACGUUGCUGCGAGCCGUCUUCAAGUCAGUCUGUCGCCAGUUGAUGGACAAAUGUCAUUCCGAAAGAGAUAGAAUGCCACCGGAGAAAAGGGUAUUAGUUCUGACACAUUUCCCGCGUUUCCUGGCGCUGCUGGAGGAGGAGAUCUUCAGCGCCAACUCGCCCAUCUGGGACCCCGACUACAAGCAAGUGCCGCCCAACCACCUGCAGGCCAUACUCGACAGUAAAAACAGCGGUCGUCGCGCGGGAGAGUUUGAACGUGUGACUCCGUCCGGAGAGAGCAAAGAUGGCUUCACAACAGUUACACUGUCAUCGGGUUCAAUAAAGCAGGAGGGAGGUACGAAGCCUGUUAAUUUGUAUAACUACAAACUGGCGUUGUUCCAAAUGCAAGCUCCGCGCGACGAGGCCGCCAAGCUGGAGGAGCAGCGCAAGAUGAUAGAGUUCCACGUCAUCGGGAACUCUCUCACGGGGCCCGUCAACAAGCAGACCAUGCUCUGGCUCAUUGGUCUGCAUAACGUAUUCUCUCAUCAGUUGCCGGAAAUGACAAAAGAGUAUAUAUCACAAUUAGUUUUUGAUCCUAAACAUAAAACGUUAGCACUUAUAAAAGAAGGUCGACCUAUCGGUGGAAUUUGCUUCAGAACAUUCCAUUCACAGGGUUUCAGUGAGAUAGUGUUCUGCGCGGUGACGUCCAACGAGCAGGUGAAGGGCUACGGCACCCACCUCAUGAACCACCUCAAGGACUACCACAUCCGCAACAACAUCUUGCACUUCCUCACAUUCGCUGAUGAAUUCGCUAUCGGUAAGUAUGGUAUAUUUACUGAUAUUAUUUUAUUGCAGGUAAAAAACCAUGCGGCGUCGUGGCCGUUCCUUAAACCUGUAGAUAAAAGCGAAGUUCCAGACUACUACGAUCAUAUCAAAUAUCCUAUGGAUUUACGUACGAUGGGCGAGCGGCUGAAGUCCCGCUACUAUGUGUCCAAGCGACUGUUUAUUGCGGACAUGACGCGCAUAUUUACUAACUGCAGGCUCUAUAACUCUCCUGAUACUGAUUAUUAUAGAUGUGCAAAUCUCUUGGAGAAGUAUUUUCAAACGAAGAUGAAAGAAGCUGGUUUGUGGGACAAAUGAUUGGAGUUUGUGAAGUCACAGAUACAUUAUGUAUUAAUUUUAUAUAACAAAAUAGUGAGUUUUAAAUUAUACUAAUUUUGUGGUUAAUACUAAGCUAAUGCUAUGUCAAAGCUUAUUUGUAACAUGUCUACGUUUUAAAUAUAUCUUUGACUAGCUGUUCCCGUGCGGCUUCAUCCGCAUGAAAUCAUGAAAAUUUUAUUUUGUUGUUUACA